AUAUUCUUUCUCUUCAACUUUUAAAUGGUUCUGUUGUAUUCUAAUGAAUAGCAUAAAGUGUUAAAGAUGAUAAAAUGGUGGAGAUUUAGAGGGAAUCAAAUUCCAAGGGUGGUGGCUGGUAGGUGGAAUUUUAUGCAUGUUCAAGUUAGUGGUGGUGUUUAGAACAUCAAUUGCAGGAAGAGGGAGAUGAUGGUUGUGGUGAUGAAGGAGACAAAGAAAUGGUGGGGUGGUGCACAUGUGAGAAUGAGGGGAGAGAUUAGAUUUUUUUAAAAAUAUUUUUUUGGGUAAAAUUGACCUGUUUUACGGAUAAUGAGUUAAAAUAGAUGUUAGUGGUAAACUCACGUCAAAAAUUAUAUUAUUCAGUGUUAAUUAAAAGUUCGUAUUAUUAUAAGAAAAUCACUAAAAAGUCGUAUUAUUCACGAUAAUUUUUUUUAUUAGAAUUUAGAAGAUUUCUUAGUUCUUACCUUAUUUAAAUUAAAAAUUAAAACAAUAUUAGAAGCUUUCUUACCCCUUUCAACAAUAAGUCCUCUCGUCUCUAUUACCCCUACCAAGAACUUCUUUCCAGAUCUACCCGUCUCUACCUCCAAUCUUUCACUCCAAUUUUGACAAUUCUCGACUUCCCUGCAAUUUCGGAAUCACAUUGCGAAUUUUAUGUCAUCAAAUAAUUCUUUCGAUUGAUUGAAGUAAAAAAAAUGUGGAGUUCAAUUGCUGAUUUGAAAGAAAACCUAAAUAAAAUUGCUCUCGAUGUCCACGAUGAUAGCGAUGACGAGGUUCUUGCGAUCCAUGGCAAUGAUUCUCCGUUCUUUGAUCGCCGACGUUCACACAGUCUUGCUCAUUCCCAAUCGGCUUCUAAUUCUACGAUUAUGUCAAAUGGCGUCGAUUCUCCGUACGUUUCCGAGAUUGAGCGGUUUAAAGCGGAGAUAAAGAAACUUAGGGAUUCUGAAGCGGAAAUUAAGGCAUUAUCGGUUAACUAUGCAGCUUUGCUGAAAGAAAAAGAGGAUCAUAUAUCUAGGCUUAACCAGGAAAAUGGCUCAUUGAAACAAAACCUGGAACUUACAAAUGCAGCGCUCAGUGCAUCAAGAAACGACACUUCUAGAACGUCAACAAGUGGUAUGAAUGGGUCAAAGGGAAGUGGAGAGCAAUCUCCUAAUUGGCAGAGCAAGCAUGGAGCCCUAGGUAGAAAUCGUUCUGGUGGAAACCAGUGGCAAAAUGGUGUCUCCAAACAGGAUAUGAAUAGUAAUGGGUAUUUGCAUGCAAAUCAAGCUGAUUCGACCGCUAGAGGUUCGACCUCAGGUCGUGAAAAGGAACUUGCAGAUAUGUUAGAAGAGAAAAACAAGCUGCUGGUCUCUAUGCAGAGUGAUUAUGAGCUACAGAUGAAACAAUUGAGGACGGAAUUGGAAAAAGAGAGCAAAGCAUUGGCAAAUACAAGACUCAAAUUACAAGAUAAACAAAAGUUGAGCGGUUCUUUAGAAAAGGAGCUGAAAGGAUUAAAGUCUGGUCAUAAUGAAACAUCUUUUGAGGUGAAUAAGCUACGCCAAGAGGUGAAUGAAAAAGAAGAAAAAAUUGGACAAUUACUUACGGAACUCCGUAGAAAAGAGAACGAAGGUUUAAUUGAUAUAGAUAGUUUGAGAACAAGAAUUGCAACUUUGGAGAAGGAGAAUUUGGAGUUAAAGGCUGAGAGAGAAAAACUUGAAUCUGCACUCAAGGAGUCUUCUGUGGCGGGAAGAAAGCCGUCUGGCUCGUUGGAUGAGGAUGGGCAUGCAUCAACAAGCUUUCCUGAAAAAGUUGAACUUGAGCAAUCUCUCCAAAAGAUCGAGAAAGAUCUUAAAGAAACACUCCGGGAAAGGGAUAAAGCCAAGCAGGAGCUUUCCCGUCUUAAGCAACACUUAUUAGAUAAGGAAUCAGAAGAAUCAGAAAAGAUGGACGAGGAUAAUAAAAUUAUUGAGGAACUUCGUCAACAUGUUGAAUAUCAGAAGACAACGAUCUUUAAUUUGGAAAGAGCUUUGGGGCAAGCACAUGCAAGUCAGGAGGAGAUCAGGACAAUGAAUGACUAUGAAUUGCAAAAAUCAAAGGAAAUAAUUGAAGACUUGAAAAACAAACUUGCUAGCUUCAUGAGUGCUAUUGAUGGCAAAAAUACCGAACUUCUGAACCUGCAAACUGCUCUUGGACAGUACUAUGCUGAAAUUGAAGCCAAGGAGCGGCUGGAAGGUGAAUUAUCACAAUCCAGAAAGGAGUAUUCAAAGCUUUCUCAACUUCUGGAGGACUCAAAGCAGCAAAUUGAAGUAUCUAACAAAGAGAAGGAAGAAAUUUUAGCAAAGCUGGCUCAAGCUGACAAGAUGAUAAUAGAAUGGAAGAGUCGGGUAAAUAAAGUUGAAGAGGACAAUGUGAAACUGCGUCGUGCGUUGGAGCAAAGUAUGACAAGGCUCAAUAGGAUGUCAGUGGAUUCUGAUUUUCUUGUUGACAGGCGCAUUGUCAUCAAGUUACUCGUGACAUACUUCCUAAGAAACCACAGCAAAGAGGUCCUUGAUCUCAUGGUUCGCAUGCUGGGAUUUUCAGAUGAGGAUAAACAGAGAAUAGGAGUUGCUCAGCAAGGAGGCGCAGGAAAAGGUGUAGUUCGUGGUGUGUUGGGCUUGCCAGGCCGCCUUGUUGGUGGCAUUAUUGGUGGAGGUUCUGCGGGUACAUCUACAAAUAUGGCUUCGGACAAUCAGUCUUUUGCAGAUUUAUGGGUUGAUUUUCUUCUUAAAGAAUCAGAAGAGAGAGAAAAACGAGAGUCCAUGGAAUCCAAUGAUGAAUCCAAGGGCGUUGCUGGCAGCAGUUUAAGUCCCCAAGGUGCACAAUCAGCAACGCCCGAUCGAAAAUCUGGUCCUAGUGGACGACCUCCUAUCUUUACGACCACAAAUCCUUCCAUCGAUACAUCAAGAUCACUAUAUUCCUAUCAAAGCUCAAGACCAUAUGAUAAUCCUGCCUCGGAGUUUUCCACAGUUCCCCUUACUCCAUCAGGCAAACAGUUCUCAUAAUUUUGGAGUUCACUUGCCUAUAUACAAAUGGCAUGUGCAUCUUGUAAUUAACCACAAGGUAAAAAAGUUUUGUUUCUUGUUGGUUUGAUUCUGUCUUUUCAAUUCAUUUAUAUAUUUGAUUCAAUUGCAAAUAUGCCCUCAUGUUGAAAUAUUCUUGUGUUGAUUAUAAUUAGAGCCAGGCUUAGACUGCUUAAUGUCUCAAAUUAGAUCUUCUCUUAAUAAUAAACUGUAUGCAACGGUCAUUCUUGUACAAUAUAUGCUUUCAUAGACGAAUUCAGUUGAUUAGUAAGUUUCAUUCACGAAUA